CAAGACUUAAGUGUUACUCUGAUGAACGCAACUGCACAAGCUUUCUUCGCCUCAGCCAUAUUCUCCCAAAAUCUCUUAUAUCCUAACAUGUCUCUUCCUCUACGACCCCUAGGCCGAGACGGUCCCCAGGUCCCUGCCAUUGGCCUCGGUUUCGGGAGCAUUGGCGGAUUCUACGGACCCGCCGGUACCCUGGACGAGAAAUUAGCCCUCUUAGACCAUGCACACUCCAUAGGGCUACGUUUUUGGGAUUUGGCCGACGUUUAUGGCGACAGUGAAGAAGUCGUUGGUGAAUGGGUUAAGCGAUCUAGCAAGAAGCGCGACGACGUAUUCAUAACCACCAAAUUUUCGCUGCAGCGUAAACCAACUGGAGGGCACACCUUUCGGUCUGACCCCGAGUACGUGAAGGAGGCAUGCAAAAAGAGUCUUGAGAGGCUUGGGGUGGACACAAUAGAUCUUUACUAUUGCCAUCGAGUGGAUGGGAUUACGCCCAUUGAAAAGACCAUCGAAGCCAUGGUGGAGCUGAAGAACCAAGGAAAGAUUCGGUGCCUGGGUCUGUCCGAGGUCUCAGUAGCGACGCUGCGUCGAGCUCAUGCCGUCCACCCCAUUUCUGCCCUGCAGAUGGAAUACAGCUUAUUCACAAUGGACAUUGAAUCAUCAACAUCAGAGAUAUUGAAAACUUGCCGAGAACUUGGUAUAACUAUCGUGGCCUUCGGACCUAUUGGUCGCGGUAUUCUAACCGGCCAGUUCCAAUGCCAUGCAGACAUCCCUGAAGGCGACUUGCGCCGCAUGUUGCCCAAGUACUCAGAGGAGAAUUUCCCCAGCAUUUUGGAAUUGGUGCAGGGAUUGACGGAUGUGGCAAAUACCCAUGGAAGCACGCCGGCACAGGUCGCUCUUGCAUGGCUGCUGGCGCAAGGACCAGAGAUCAUCCCAAUCCCAGGUACGAAGUCGACUGCCAAAAUGGAUGAGAAUGCGGCAGCUGCCAUGCUUCGGCUGAGCGACCAAGAGGUGGAAAUGAUUCGGACUCUAGUAGAGCGAACAGAGAUCAAAGGUACUCGGUAUCCUGCCGCAACAUGGCACACUCUCUGCACGGAUACUCCGCCGCUAUAAAGAUGCAAGAAUGGAUAUAUGGAUACAUUACGUAACGUGGGGCAUGGUACUCGGCGCUGUGCGUAAAGGGGUGAAGAACGAAGAUCAGUUUGGUAAAGCCGCCACAGCGCGUAAGUGAUGGAAAAUGUACACGUAGGAGCGAUGGGUAAGACAUUCAAGAUGAUUGAUAACAAAGUGCACAAACGGCUCUAAAACCAUGUGGUUGAACGUGAGAAUUGAGUAGUCUGUGAUGAACGAUGCAGCAAAAUUAAAACCGUCGCAACCACUAAAUUACCAUUGCCAAUUCCACGACGCAUAUUUGACGACAUUUACUCGAGUAUCACAAUUGAUUGUAAAUAGAAACCAGGUAGCUAUAUAUGAGA